CCGGGCUGCCGCAACGCGCAUGCUCGACGCAGGCGCCAUUUUGGAAGGGCCGGAGACUCAGCAGCGGUGGCGGUGGCGACGGGUGGAGGAGCUGGGCCCGGCUCAGAGGCGGCAGCAGCGGCCUGGGGUUGGGCGGGUCGGUGGACCGCGCUGCGGAGAUGGCCAACAUCGCAGUGCAGAGGAUCAAGAGGGAGUUCAAGGAGGUGCUGAAGAGCGAGGAGACAAGCAAAAAUCAAAUUAAAGUAGAUCUUGUAGAUGAAAAUUUUACAGAACUAAGAGGAGAAAUAGCAGGACCUCCGGACACACCAUAUGAAGGAGGAAGAUACCAACUAGAAAUAAAAAUUCCAGAAACGUAUCCAUUUAAUCCCCCUAAGGUGCGGUUUAUCACCAAAAUAUGGCAUCCUAAUAUUAGCUCAGUCACUGGGGCUAUUUGUUUGGAUAUCCUAAAAGAUCAAUGGGCUGCAGCAAUGACUCUAAGGACAGUGUUGUUAUCACUGCAAGCGCUCUUGGCAGCUGCAGAACCUGAUGAUCCACAAGAUGCAGUCGUGGCAAAUCAGUACAAACAAAAUCCAGAAAUGUUUAAACAGACGGCUCGGCUUUGGGCACAUGUGUAUGCUGGAGCACCAGUUUCUAGUCCAGAAUACACCAAAAAGAUAGAAAACCUUUGUGCUAUGGGCUUUGAUAGGAAUGCAGUAAUAGUGGCCUUGUCAUCAAAAUCAUGGGAUGUAGAGACAGCAACAGAACUACUUCUGAGUAACUGAGCCAUGUGUAGAGAACUGCUUCUGUAGUCCAGCUUGCCCCUUCUUCAGGAGCGUCACCAUCUCUUAUUUUAGGUUUCUAUAUAGAUUCUCUUUUAAAACUGGCAUUCUUGCCUAAUGCUAUCUAGGCACUAUUGGAGACUGAAAAAAACUGCUCUGUAAAUAAAGCUAAUUAAAUGUCUGUGUAAAUUAAAAAGGGGAAAUACUUUAAUUUUUUCUUACUAAAUAUUGUAAAUUCCUUGAGCUUGGCUAAAACAAUGGGGGACGACAUGUCUACUUUAGUGUUAGCAGUGUGACACAAGACUAGCAGGAAUUUGCAUCAGGAUUUUGACUUUUAAGAAUUUAUUCAGAACACAUCUGAUUGUGUCCAUAAUCAUCAGUCAUUGAUGUCACUCAUCCCAGCUACCUUACAGUUUUUUUUAACAUGGAUCCUAUGUGCCUGUGGACUGACCUUAUAUUUGCAUGCUUGUAAUUUACAUAGAACACUUUUUUAAAAGUAGGGUAAACUGAACAGAGCACUGUUUGAAGUACUGUUUGAGUAUUCAUUCUUGUAACUUUUUCCUAAGACUUUCCAAAUGUGCUCAUAGAUCAGAAUGAGAGUCUACUCGGAAAUGUUUUCACCUCUUAAGGAGUAGCAAUCCUCCAUUUCUUCUUUACCUCUUUGCCCCCCUCCUUCAGAUGCACAUGCAACUACAAUAACACACUAGAAACUCUCCAGGAUUUGUGGGUAUGUGCCAUUUAAAGUAGCCUAGUUUUCCGCUUCCAAGUGGUAUAUUUUGAACAACCAGUAAAAGUGUUUCAACCAUUGUAAUUUCUACACAGUUGUAUAAAGGUUUGGUAUAUCUGAACAUAGCACAAGCUAGUGGAGCUGCUCUUUUGUUUCUUAUGCAGAAAUCAAACCUCUUUCAAUAAAUUCUGGUUAGAAUGAA